AAAAAUGCCUGAAUAUCAGACCCUAAAUUCAUUAUUUGUUUUAACGAAAAACCCUUAAAAGAACAGUUAGUUAUUUUAAUUCAUUAUUGUAAAGAGAAUACUUGUUUGGUUGUAACACAUAUUGAGAAUUUGUCCUUGUAUUCGUGUGUUAAAUGUGACAAUUGGAAAAUCAUUUUCACAUCAAGGACCUUUGAUAAGUGACGAUCUUAACAUUUACACCAUGAGACCCAAGAAUCUUUUGUUCACACAAAUUCUGAUACUUUCCAAGUACGACUACUCAUCAACAUCCAAAUGUCUGCUACCUGGCUUCUUCUGCCCUGUUGCAUUGUCAUUACAACAUUGUUUGGAGUUUUCAUGUCUCUUUGGAACUUUCGUGGAAUGCGCCGUUCGUGUGUUCAGCUCGUGUUUAACUUCAGCACGAAACCCAGCCACGGUGUUGCACCCAGUUGGAGUACGUCGUCGUAUGGGUUUCUCCAUUUCGCCAAAUUUCGUCGUUUUCUUUUUUCUUGGGUGUGCAAACGAGACACAGCUGGCUGCCUUCGUCGUAAGCUCGGGAAUCACGAAGGCCGGGAUGUCGAAGAUUCGUACGACGGAACUGGCGAAGGAGCGGUAGAUGGCCGAUCGCUGAUGUGUGCAGACAAAUUCAGGAUCGAAAAGAGACGUCGUCGUCGGUCUCUGACGACGGUUGACGUCGAAUCGGCCACGGUCUUGAGAAGACGCCAGUCCCCUCGUAACGAACGACCGUCUGUAUCCUCGUCGAGGUCCGCAAACUCGGUGAAUGAAACCUCCGCGCCUACAUUAUUGCCGAGCUUUGGCCAGACAUCAAAAGAGUUCCAUUUCGCUCGAGUUGGCCCGGACGAGCAGCAGCAGGGGGAGGAGGAGGUGGUGGUUGCGCCUGUGACGACGAAGAGACGUGAAUCGGCUCCCGACCUCAACGGAGCGGAGCCAGCCGACAGUCGGCCCAGGAUCAUCAUUCGGCUCACAUCUGUUGACGGCCUAGAAUUCAGCCUCUCCAGUCCAGUCCAAGAUAAUUUGCUGCAACCAACGUCGUCGUCCUUCUGCCCGGUUCGGACGGUACGUGUCGGCGCAGCCCGUCCGCAAAACUCGAUGGCCAGCGGCCCGAAAGGCUCAUCCAAGGACGACAGCACAUUCGAUUACACUCCGACGGCCAAUGGCGAAUACACAGGAUCGGAGACUCUGACCAUUAUGAGGCGCUCGAGCAGCAAGAGAAAGAGUCAGCGGGCCGGCGCUGGGACUCCGUCCGUGACUGAACUGGAUGACUCUGCCCUGGAACGACAUGUGGGAAUCGUCGAAGAUGAAACGCCCAUGGAAAUUGCGUCAGCGACUGUGCCAUCAUCGGAAAUCUGCGAGAAUGCCUCUCUCAGACUGAAAUGCCUACUAAGGCUCCUGGACAAGGGCGAAGUUCGACCCGAAGUGAUGCAGAAGAAUCUGAAAUUGGCCAUUCAAGUGCUCGACGCCGUGUACAUCGACGAGGCCGGGAGUCCCGAAUGCGACGACGAUGUCGACGAAGAGGAGGCAUUGUGGCCCGAUACAAAUGACACAACUUCUUCGCCAGCACCACCACCACCACCACCAUCCACUCCCAACUUGUUAUUACCUCAUCUGACAAAACCCUGCCGUUCACGGGCCUCUCCGUUUCGAGUCAGCUCCCGACCGGCCUCCAAUUCUUUUUCCACUUGUUCCUCUUCUUCCUCUUCCUCUUCUACUUCUUCUACUCCUCCUUCCUCUGCUACUGUCCGUGUUACAACAACUACCACUGCUACUACUACUACUACUUCAAAGGCAUCUUCACUCCAUGUUCGUCGCCCUGCACUUUUAAAAAAAAGGCGGACGCCGGAAGAAGAUGACGAUUUGUCGGAAGUGCGGGCCGAUGCCGUGCCGCCGGAAGUGCGUGCCUGGUUGGCGUCGACUUUUACACGCCAAAUCAGCAGUCACCGUAAGCCCGGCGAGGAGAAGCCGAAAUUCCGGUCGGUGGCGCAGGCCAUACGGGCCGGAAUCCUGGUCGAGCGCAUUUAUCGCCGAAUGUCCUCUUCGUCUUUCUUGCAAUUCCCCGCAGAAGUGGCUCGCAAUCUCAAGUUGAUCGACGAGUGGACCUUUGACGUCUUCGCCUUGAGCGACGUCUCGGCAGGUUCUCCGCUGCGCUAUCUCGGCAUCGAUCUCUUGAAUCGUUAUGGCGUCAUCCACAAAUUUAAGAUCCCGAGCAACACGCUGGAGUCGUUUCUCAACCAAACGGAGGCCGGCUACUGCAAACAUCGCAAUCUCUACCACAACAAUACGCACGCGGCUGACGUGACCCAGACGCUUCACUACGUCCUUUAUCAAACUGGAUUGAUGAACUGGCUGACCGAUUUGGAGAUCUUUGCCGCCAUCAUUGCAGCCAUCAUUCACGAUUUUGAGCACACGGGAACGACCAAUAGCUUCCACGUCAUGUCUGGCUCCGAGACGGCCCUGCUCUACAACGAUCGGUCCGUCCAGGAGAACCACCACAUCAGCGCAGCGUUCAGAUUGAUGAGGGAGGAAGACUGCAACAUUCUAGUCAAUUUAUCGCGCGAAGAGUUCCGGGAAUUCCGAUCGCUCGUCAUUGACAUGGUCUUGGCUACGGACAUGUCUUGCCACUUCCAACAGAUUAAAGCGGCCAAGGGCUUGCUCACCGUUCCCGAACUCAGUGUGGAUAAGUCGAAAAUCCUGUCGCUAGUGCUGCACUGCUGCGACGUGGCCCAUCCGAGCAAACCUUGGCUCUUGCACCGGCACUGGACGGACUUGCUCCUGGAAGAAUUCUUCCAACAGGGCGACAAUGAAAAGGAGCUCGGAUUGCCCUACAGCCCGCUCUGUGAUAGAAACAAUACUUUAGUUGCUGAGUCGCAAAUCGGUUUUAUAGAGUUCAUUGUAGAGCCAACUAUGGCAGUCAUGGGUGACUUAUUGGAUAAAAUCCUGAUACCUUUGCGCCCGCAAUCUGCUCCUGUGCGGAACGAUCAUCGCGAUUCGAUCUCUGAAGAGAAAUGCGAUGCGGGCGGCGAGGUGGUAACAGUGCCAACCACGCCGGAAAAAGCCAAAAAAGAAGGAAGCCAUUCCAAAAUAUCCGGUGAGAAAAUCACUCGGCCUUGGGAUAUUUAUCUGGAGGAGAACAAAGGCAAAUGGAAAGAGCUGAGCAUCAAAGAUCAACAAAGAAGACAGGAGGAAGCCAAAUUGAAACCUGAAGACUGAAGCAAAGUGUCAGGGCACUAGUCAAAGAAAGUUCAAAUUCGAAUAAUUACAAAACCAAAUAACGUUCCCCUUUUUCCUUGGAAGGAAGAAACAAAACAAAACAAAAAAACAAAAACCAAAAAAAAAAAAAAAUCAAUACCUCGACACACCAGAAAUUAAUUAAUAGUACGUACACCAUCUAACAUGUUUUCUAGGCCCUGGAUGACUUAUUCGCGUUUUUCAUUAACCGUCCGUAUUACCAAACGUCUGCUUUUUUAUUCGAGGAAAAAAGAAAGACAUUACGCUUAUCGAUGUUUGUAGGUGACACACAUUAUUGUCUCGUGUUCCCCUACCAUCAAAAGAGAGAGAGAGUCAAACGUUUUCUUUCACGUCACCCUAUACUCUUUGACUGAAUAGAGAGGAAGAUGAUGGGAAACAAAAACGCGUGCAAUCAUUCGUGAAGGGAUCACGCCAUUUACUUACAUUAAAAAAAAUAAAACACAAAAAAGAAAAUCCUUUUCGUCUGUUUAUUUGUAAUUUUUCGAUUCAAUUCAUUUCCGGCGAACGAUGUGUCAUCUUUGAUCUUUCCUAUUUCCUUUUCAUUAUUCUUUUCGUUUUAUAAUUGAUACUUUCCCUUUUUCGUCUCAUCAAAGAUUGUCGGUCAAUCAUGUCACGUCAAUACAUCAAAUAUACAUUGAA